AUGGCUCCGAAAAUUUCCUUCAAUCCAUACGAGGUGCUGGAAUUAGAGCGAGGAUGCUCGGACAAGGAGCUGCAGAAAGCCUACAAGCAGCAGUGUUUACGGUGGCAUCCUGACAAAAAUCUCGGCAACAAAGAAGAAGCGGAAAGGAAGUUCAUCAUCGCCAAGGAGGCUUUCCAGUUUUUAUUCGACAAAACCAAUCGGGUGGGUCUAUAG